ACGCUGAAGUGUGUGCAAGUACAGGAAGCAGUCGUGCAGUUUUAUCAGCAUAGAGAUAAGACUAGAAGCGAAACUAACAGCCUGACAGCCUAACGUUAGCUGACAAUAAACUCAAAAUCUAUACUGCAAGCUUGUUAGCUAAAGGUAGACAACUUCAGCAAAAAGAUGGCUUAUCCAGGAUAUGGUGGAUACGGCGGGCCAAUGCCAAUGCCGGGAGGAAUGCCAAUGCCAGGUGGACCCAUGGGUGCGCAGCCUCCGGGGGCAUUUCCAGGGUAUGGUGGCUUUCCCGAAAACGAUCCCAUGUGGGGCUACUUCAGGGCAGUCGCGGGACAGGAUGGUGAGAUCGAUGCCGAGGAGCUUCAGAGGUGUCUGACGCAGUGUGGUUUCAGUGGCAGCUAUGCUCCAUUCAGCUUGGAGACGUGUCGGGUCAUGAUUGCUAUGCUGGAUAGGGAUUUUACCGGGAAGAUGGGAUUCAAUGAGUUUAAAGAGCUUUUUACUGCUCUGAAUGGCUGGAAGCAAAAUUUCAUGAUGUUUGAUCAGGACAGAAGUGGGACAGUGGAACCUCAUGAGAUGGCCCAGGCUAUUUCCUCAAUGGGCUAUAGAGUGAGCCCUCAAGCCCUGAAUGGCAUCAUAAAACGCUACAGUAAGGGAGGAAGAAUCUUCUUUGAUGACUACGUGGCCUGCUGUGUGAAGCUCAGAGCCCUGACAGAGAAUUUUAGGAGGAGAGAUGUCAUGCAGCAAGGGACAGUAAACUUUCAGUUUGAUGACUUUAUCCAGUGUACAAUGACAAUCUGAGUGACAUCACCGUGGAAGACCAUCUAAGGAGAGAGGCGUCAGUAUGGGCCAUGAAGGGCAUUAAGACCACUCCUCCACGAAAAAAAAGGAAGAUGUAUGUAUGUACUAUCAUGUUUAGUUCGCUAUGCAACGCAAGAAUAUCAGAUGUGCUUUUUAAAAGUAUCUGUGUAUGUAAACCAUUACUGAGUGUAAUACACAUUAGUGGUGAAAAGGUCAAGUGAUAUACUGUUGUAUCUUUUGAUUCAUCCUGUGCCAACAACAACUCCCAUCAUGACUUUUAUAUAUAUU